AUUUAAUAUAAGACUCACUGAAGAAAAUGCACAACUUAAAGAAGAAAAGCAGGAAAUGAUUGCAUCUCUACAACAUAUGCAGCAACUGCUCUGCAGACAAACUGAAGCUAAUGCCAGAAUGUCAUUGAAUGAACUAGAAGAAGCAUGUCAGACCCUUGAAAGAGAUAAUGAGCUGCAAAGGGAGAAGGCAAAAGAAAAUGAAGAAAAGUUCUUUAAUCUUCAGAAUGAAUAUGAGAAAACACAAGCAACUUGGAAAAAUGAAAUUUGGAUUGUCUUGAGAAUAUUAUGAAUGAAGACAAUGCAGUUUGCCAUUUCAAUAAAAACCAAAAGGAGGCUUCUCCAGGCAAAGUUAUCUGCACAGCCCAUUUUAUUACUCCAGAACUAACUUGUGGGUCAGGAGUUGGGUGUGCAGGAACAGCUGCCGAAGGAAAAGAAGACAGAAAGGAAUUUGAUAAAAUACAGACAAGGAUAGAAGUAAACUCAAACAGUUGCUAUUCCUUGGUAGAAGAACCCAAGAUGCUCUUAGACAGCACUGCAGCUUUGGAUCGUUCUACUCCAGAUACUGACCAUUGGACUAAACUCAAUGAGCAUCUAGAGAGAAAUGUAAGGAAUAAAUUUAUUUAUGAGACAGCUGAAAAUAUUAACAAUGCAUCCCAUGAGGGAGCUUCUUCCACAAAUAAGGCACUCACAAAAGAAUCCAAAGUUCAAGAUAUUGCUACUAGUGAGGAAAUUAUAAAUGGCCUCUCGAAGACUGAAAUUAGUUCCAUCUUGUCACAAAAGGUGGAGAAUAAUUACACAAACCUGAACAAUGUGUGCUUUGAUAAAUAUGAUGACAUUUGUAAAGAAACACCAAGUCAGAGCUCCAGUUCCACAAUCUCCAAUAUUCUUUUAUGUAAAGAGAGUAAUACUAAUCCUGAAGAAAUACAUAGUGAUAAUGCAUGUGAAAACAACAAAUGCUGUGAACAAAGUAGUACUUGCACCACGCGAGAGAAAAUUCCACCUUCACCUGCUUCCUCAAAUGACAAUUUAGGUGUAAAUACUCUGAUUACCACUGAUGGGAACAUGAAUCAUCUGCCUCUAAUUAUGAAUUUUAAUUUAAUUGCUGAAAACUCAUCUAAAUAUAGAAAUGAAAUACCAAGCAGACAAUCUGAUAAAGAUGAUUCCAUACUGACAGAAGUCACAGAAAAGACACCUGAAAGUACAAACGAGUCUUUGUCUCUUAACCCUGAAAAUGUAUGUGAAUCUCCGAUUGAAGGUUUGAAAGUUAAUAAAUUUGCAGAAGAUGAACAAAAGGAAUUGCAUAUAUCCAAAACUACAGGUGAACAUUCCAUUGUGGUUUGUGAGAAACAGGGCAUACAAAUAAAAAGGGAAGAGCCAUCAAGUAGUCCGGACACAAGGGAAAUGGUUGUGAAAGGAAGCACAGAAGAAUCAUGUUCCUUAUCCAAAAAGACAAGAGAAGAUUUAGUAAACACAAGUGGAUGCCCACCCUUUGACUCCCCAAAUAUGGAUAAAAAAGCAGAAAAAACUUCAGCAGACUUAAAUUUACCAAGGUUAUGUGAAGGUGAAAUUCAAACAGUUUGCAAUUCAACUUCCAAAAAGGUUCCGUCUUUGAAAGAAAAGCUACUUUCACAAGAAGUUAAAAAACAAAGUUCAUGGGAAGUAGAGGAGACUAUGAAUAUGAAUGCUGCUGUAAGAGAAGUUACGUUAGUUUCAACCCACAGUAAUGGAAUUGCUGACACUUUGAAUACCGGAAGUAUCAAUCCAGGCCCCAAGAGAAAUCCCAGUGACGAAUGGAAUGCAAUAGUAAAGACUUUUUAUGAUCCCUCUUUUCCCACAGAACACGUCACAACAGAAUGCCCAUUAGGACAACAGAAGACUUCUCAACCACUCUCAGAAGUCAGUGCAGCUAUUUCAAAGCAGAGCUCACAGAACACUGAAGAAAAAGACUGGGAAUCACAAAAUGUCUUCAUAAAAACACAAAUUGACAAUAUUGAAAGGUUUCUGCAUUUAAAAAGUUUUGUCCACCCAAGAAAGAGAAAGUAUGAGGAAGAUACAGAAAAAACAUUUACAGCAGAUAAAGCAGAAGCAUAAUGUAAUUGUUUUGAUAAAGUCUUUGACUGGUGACAUAUAUGAGCAAAUGCCACGUAUUAAGAAAACUGCUUUCAUUUC